AGCCAGGUUGUGAUAUGCGGGAAUUUGUGCAGAAUGCUACCAUCCCUGAGGAUUUCUUUAGUGAAACUACCUUCGCGUCGCCUGGUUUGAAAGAGGCCUUCGAAGACAUGUUCCAGGGCUCUAUCGCCGGGGGAACCUUGUCCAUGAUCCCGGGGUUCACCCAACUGGUCGACACUUUCAUGAAGCCAUUUGACGCGGUCAGAUCUGCCGAGGAGCCGUCUUUCUUCACAGACCCUGUCAACAUCUCGGAAGUUCUCGGUAUCGUUCAGACAUCUCGCCACCGUCGUCAAAUUACGGAUGCAAAGCGUGCCGAACGCGAGUCCAAAAUGGCUGAGGCCGGAAAUGGCAACGCGGCCGACUCCAAGUCUUUCUUGCCUAAACUCCCCGGCGAAAUACACCAGCUGAUAUUGGAAUACCUCAACCUUGAGGAUAUCGAGAACGUCCGUGAGUGCUUCGAAUGGGACAUCCCGCAGUCCUUUUUCUACAAGGAUGUUCGCAAAGAUUUCUUUUUUGAAGUGCGGGACUUUGGCGUCGAUGAUCUCGACUGGGGUUAUUUCAACCUCCAGACCGAAAAAAUGAUGAAACACACCCAAAUUUUGAGUAAUCGCAAGAGGAUCAACUGGAUCCUUGAAGAUACCAAGGUGAUUCUCAACGACAUUUGGUUCGACUCUCUAGUCGGACGCAGAGAAGGUCUUGACGACGAUUUCCUCGGCGAUUUCCUUGAAGGACUUGAUGCCGAUGAUGAAGACGGUAUUGAUAACCCAAACGAGGACUUUGACGAUCAAGAAUCCGGGGAAGAGUUCGAUGACGAGUUUGAGGAGGGCGAUGAACCUGAGGGCUCGGCGAAUGAGGCUUUUUACGACGCGUUGGAUUAGAGAAUCCGUGAUCGUUGGUUUAGCUAGGACAUGGCAGUCGACCACAUCUUUUGAUCAUCCAAUUUACUGGAUAGACCCUUGUAUUUUGUCCUUUGGGAUACGAUUUGCGUACUUGCGUACGACGAAUUCAAAAUGUUGGCAGGAAAAAAGAAAAGGCUAAAAAAAAGCAGAAAAGAAAAAACGACGCAAAAAAAG